GUUUACUAUGGUUGAUAAGUAAGUAUCAUGGAUCGCGAAUUAUUCGUGUUUAUGUAUGCAUAUUAGGAAAAUUCUUUUGCUUGGAUCUGGCUUUGUCGCUGCCCCUUGUGUCGAAUAUCUCGUUCGUAAGCCUGAGAACAAGGUUACUAUUGCCAGUAGAAGACUUGAGAAUGCUCAAGCAUUGUCUAACCAAUAUACCGGUACUAUCGCAGUUUCUUGCGAUAUCAACGAUGAAGCUGCCAUUGAAAAGUUGGUUGCUGAACAUGAUGUUGCUAUCAGGUAAGUAAUAAGAUAUCAAAGAGUCAUCUCACCCUGUAACUUGUAGUUUGAUUCCUUAUAUUCACCAUGCCAAGGUCAUUAAGGCUGCUGUCAAGCACAAGAAGCAUGUUGUCACUACUUCUUAUGUCUCCCCUUCCAUGUUGGAAUAUGAUCAAGCUGCAAAGGAUGCUGGCAUCACUGUCAUGAACGAAAUUGGUCUUGAUCCUGGAAUUGACCAUCUUUACGCUGUCAAGACAAUUGAAGAAGUCCAUAGAGAAGGUGGAAAGCUUAAGGAAUUCAUUUCUUUCUGUGGUGGUCUUCCUGCUCCUGAAGAUUCUAACAACCCCUUUGGCUACAAGUUCUCUUGGUCUGCCCGUGGCGUCUUGUUGGCCUUGAAGAACACUGCCAGAUAUCUUGAAAAGGGUAAGGUUGUUGAAGUCUCUGGUACUGCUCUUAUGGAUUCCGCAAAGAAGUUGAACACUGGUUAUCCUGGUUUUGCUUUUGUUGGUUAUGGUAACCGUGAUUCUACUCCUUAUGAUAAGCGUUACAAUAUCCCCGAAGCUGAAACUAUCAUUCGUGGUACCAUGCGUUACGAUGGUUUCUGUCAAUUUGUCAAAGCUCUUGUUAUCCUUGGUUUCUUGAACGAAGAAGAAGAAGCUCACCUUUCUGCUGAUGCUCAAGAUAUUGCUUGGAACCAAGUUCUUGCCAAGACUGUUGGUAUCAAUGACACUUCUGCUGAAGCUUUGCAAGAGGCCAUUAUUGCCAAGUGUGAUCUCAACAACAAUGAUUACAAGGAUCAAAUUUUGGAUGGUAUGCGUUGGCUGGGUUUCUUCACCAACACACCUGUCCACCGCCGUGGUUCUUUGCUUGACAGCUUCUGUGCUACUCUUGAAGAAAAGAUGCAAUAUGGCGAAAAUGAACGUGACUUGGUCUUCUUACAACAUCGUUUCGAAAUUGAACUCAAGGAUGGUUCUCACCAAACUCGUACCUCUACCUUAGUUGAAUACGGUAAGGUUGGUGGUUUCUCUGCUAUGGCCAAGACUGUCGGUGUUCCUUGUGGUAUUGCUACACAGCUUAUUUUAGAUGAAAAAUUGACUGCCACUGGUGUCCUUGCCCCUAUGUCUAAUGAAAUUAACGAACCUAUCAUGGAAUUAUUAGAAAAGGAAGGUAUUGGUAUGGUCGAAAAAAUCUUGUAAAGUUCUUGUGUAUA